CAGCUCCUGGUUAGCAGCACAGCAGGGCUGCUAAGGCAGGCUUUCUGCCUAUCCUGGCACCACAGGCUGUGCUGCAUCCCGGAGCGGCCAGCAGCAGAUCUGGCUCCUAGGCAGAGGCAUAUAAGCAGCUGUUCCCCACAGGCACCAACCCCUAGCUCCCAUUGGCAUGGCACCUAGGAGCUGGACCUACUGCUGGCUGCUUCCAGGGCACAGUGCAGUGUCAAACAGGUAGGAACUAGCCUGCCUUAACUGCACAGCACUGUCAAUGGGACCUUUAGCCCAGUCCGUCAUGCAGACCAGAGCCACCAUGACAGUGCCUUCCAUUCUAUGACCCAAUACUGGGUUGCAGCUCAGUUUGAAAAUCACUGAUGUAGAGAACACUGAUGGGAGAGCUACUCAUGUCAACGCAAUCACCUCUGAAAGGUGGAUUAACUACACUGAUGAAGAUGCUCUCCCCUUGGUCUAGGAGCAUCUCAGCUUAGGUGCUGCAUUGGUACACCAAUGUAGCACUUAUGCAUAAACAUGCCGUGUGUUUUUUUUUUUUGUAGAGACUUUGCCAAGACUACAGUGAGAUGAUUUGAAAGGGAAAACUCAUUCGACCCACCUACUGGUCUCAAUGCCAUUAAUCUUAGAAAAGUGAAAUUAAGUUGACUUGGCUUUGAAAGUCAAAGGUGACAGAGCCUGGUAGAAGUGUAAAGGCAGAGGAAAAAGCCUUUAGUCUGUAAACAAAACGAUACCCACACAUGUCCAAUGGAGCAAAUUAGCAUUGGCCAAUUUCAAGUUUGCUACAUCAAGUGCAAACUUAUAGCUACUCCCCUGUACAAGGUUUUUAUCUUCCUGAUAUGUGGUUAUUGCUUCACUGUUCUGACAUGGUAAACACUGUUAUAGUAGCAGGAGUCACUUGAUUAUUAAAAACUGAUCUGGAUGAGCAAAUAGACACUGCCUAUGCUAGCAGUACAAGUGUCUCAACUACUCAGCACUAAAAUGUUCCUAGUACAGAAUGUCCAUACCCUGAAAUCUUUCUUAUAGGGAAGCUUAACCCUGAUUUAUUUUUUUUUAUUUUUGGGGGUGCGGGGGGGUUACUUAAAUGAGCAAGUGGGCCAGUCUCAAAAUGGAGGGAGAUUUAUAACUACAAGGAAAUCCAUAAAGGACACAGCCAAAAGGUUAAAUGCUCCAUUCGUCCCUGGAAAAUAGGGCCGUACAUACAAUGUAAUAUAUUGUUCCUGGGCUCUAAGCACUCAGCAUGUAUAAUGGCCCACGAUACCUGCAAUACUAUAGGUAGGCAAUUUCUCCAGAAGGAGUUUUGACAAUGAAACUUUGUCAAAGGUAGUGGUCUUGGAAAUAGCCACUGAGGCACCAUAAGUAACAUACAGUAACAUGACUCUUGCAGAAUCCAGCACCUGGUGCCAUCUCUAUGUAAUUGUGAGGUCUGAUGACAGUGUCCUAGGGCCUCCUCUGAUGUUUUGAGUCCCUAUGCCCUUUAGAUAAACAACUGGUCCUUUAUGACUGAAGGCCAGAACAGCUGGCUAAUAAUUCAGUAGCACAAUAAGGUUUGAACUAGUGUAAAUAAUGAAUUUUCUGUAACUUGAAGUUUUGAAACCAUGAUUUGAAGACUUUAGUAACUCAGCCAGAGGUUAAAGGUCUAUUAUAGGAGUGGGUGGGUAAGGUUCUCUGCCCUGUGACGUGUGGGAGUUCAGGCUAGAUGAUCGCAAUGGUCCCUGCUUAUCUUAAAGUCUGAGUAGGUGUAAUUCCUUUGGGCUUGCAAAGAAAUGUCCCCUGUCCCAAACCUCCACAUAACGGUUCCUUAGAAUAUAGACAAUUUCUGAACUGUUUGUAUUUCUUUUGCAAUAUUCUCCAAUGGAAAGUUAUAUGCAUUCAAGUGUCUUCUAGCUCAAUAGAAAAGCUCUAUUCCCUACCUGGUUGGUCAAAAAGGGAAUAAUCUCUCACUCUUAGCUAGGGAAAUACUGCAACAAAAGACAACCUAAAUAUUCAUACAGACUUACUUUCCCACCAUGGUUUCAAUGAACUCUAGAGCAUGUACCAUAAGUCAACACUAGCUGUGGCCUAUCAUUGGCAUGCUCUGUGGGUGUUGCCUUUGUGCUUCUGGUAAUAAAUGACACAAGGAACAAAUAAAGACUCCAAAUUCAGUCCCAGCAGUUUCUUCCAUCUAGCUAAAAAAGCUAGAAGCAUGCAUGCUAUCCUGCAACUUACGUGUGCGCUAUGCAUUUUAGAAGCCACCACCUUGGUUUCAGGAGAGAUGAGAAGCUCUUCAAAAAAAGUUUUGCAUAGGAGGACAAGAGAACCUAAUGCUCCAUCUCCAAUAGACUGUAAACUGAGCCGUUGGAGUGAAUGGGGACCAUGUGACCCAUGCUCAAAUCUAAAGUUUCGCUCUAGAAGUGUUCAGCAAUUUGGACAGUUUCGUGGGAAACGGUGCCUGGAAUCACUGGGAAACUCACAAAGCUGUAAAACCAGCAUAGCCUGUCCAGAAGAGCAAGAAAUCGAUUGUGGAGCUGACUUCAGAUGUGAUUCAGGUCGAUGUAUAAAGAAGAGGCUUGUGUGUAAUGUGGAUAAUGACUGUGGAGACUUUUCCGAUGAAAGUGACUGUGAAAGAGAUCCAAAAUCACCAUGUCGUGACCCGGAUAUUGAAGUAUCAGAGAUUGGAAGGACUGCUGGACAAGGAAUCAGCAUUCUAGGGAUGCAGCCAAUGGCAAGCCCAUUUGAAAAUGAGUAUUUUAAUGGUCUGUGUGAUCGAGUGCGUGAUGGGAAUACCAGGACCUAUUACCGCAAGCCAUGGAAUGUUGCUUUUCUCAACUAUGAUACAAAAGCAGACAAAAGAUUCACAACUGAGUUCUUCUAUGAUCAUGUGGCCAUGAUAAAAGAGGUUUACCGUGAAAAACAAGAACAUUUCUCGGUUUCCAUGUCAGUAAAAUACACACCUACUGAAAAGAAUCAGGGCACAUCUGUAAAUGCCUCUCUUGGCUACCAGUUUUCAAGGAAUGAAAGUCUAAAUUAUAUCUUGCGGUACUCCAAAGAAAGGAAACAAACUUUUAUGCACGUCAAAGGAAAAAUACAACUGGGAAGAUUCCAAAUGCGAAGUCGUGAUGUUCGGCUAACAGAUGCUUUCCUUGAAGAUUUGAAGUUUCUGCCCACUGAAUAUGACAAGGGGGAAUAUUUUAGCUUUCUAGAAAUGUAUGGAACACAUUAUGCUGUCUCUGGGACUGUGGGAGGAAAAUACGAACUUCUGUAUGUGUUGGAUAAUUAUGCCAUGAGUUUAAAAGAAGUCACGGUAGAAGAUGUAAAGGAAUGUCUUGGUUACCAUUUAGAUGUCAGUCUAGUAAAUAAAGAGUUGGAUUUCAAAGGUGGUAUAAAAGGUGGUAAAUGUGAAAGCAUCAACGUGAAAUCAAAUUACACUCAUGAUGAUGACGCAGUUAUUGAUGACAUCAUUUCUUUGGUUGAGGGAGGGAAGAUUGAUUUUUCUGUUAAAAUAAAAGAAAUGCUACUGAGGAAUGCCAAAGUGGUUGAUGUAGAGGAUUAUAUACAGUGGGCUACCUCACUGAUUGAUGCUCCAGUGGUGAUACAGCAGAAGCCAUCUCCAAUACAUACUCUUGUUCCAGUAAAAAUGAAAGAUGCACAUAUAAAGAAACAGAAUUUGGAAAGAGCCAUUGAGGACUACAUUACAGAGUACAGUGUGUGCAAAUGCAAACCCUGCAAAAAUGGUGGUACCUUGUUGCUGGUGGAUGGAGAGUGCAUAUGCCUAUGUUCCAGCUAUUUUAAGGGAGAUGCCUGCCAAAUCCCCAAAUCAAGAGAUGAUGAAGAUAAGAAGGUCACUGAUGGGGGCUGGAGCUGUUGGACUGCUUGGUCUCACUGCGUGCAAGGAGAACGCACUCGCACUCGUCAGUGUAAUAAUCCUGCUCCAGGACCAGGGGGCAGGCCAUGCCAAGGUGACAGCAUCGAAAAAAGCUACUGUUCUCAGGCAAAAUAAUGGUACAAGUCUAAAAAAAGGUAUCUCUUAUGAAAACAAUACAGCCUUCAAAGGCAUGCAUGAAAUCUGCAAUUAUUCUACUGCUCAAGCUUCCUGUUGGCAGAAGGAUUGGAAUUGUAUGCUUCGUGAGUGCCUAUAGCUUCAACAAUCGCUAAUCAAAACCAAAAUAAGAGGGAAAAUAAACAUGUUUAAGGAGA